AAGAUAGGCGAGUAUUUGCAUCGUAUGAAUGUACGAGAGGCGAUUACCCUCUAGUUAUCGAUUAAAAUUGAUUAACGAGAUCGACAAACGGUACGAGAAAAUGAUAAAGGGUAGUAGUGUUGCGUUAGUUUAUCCCGUUGGCACUUGGCAGACGGUCUUUCUAGCCGUAAUAGGUUUGACAGAUGGCGUUGGUACCGCAUUGUCGGCGAUUCUCGCGCGGGCGGCAACUAAGAACGAUCGAAAGACUCGGAGGGCAGUCUGUCCCGAGACUUCCGAGCCAUUUACGAUUUCGUUGGAUCGUCGACGCGACGUCGAUGAUCAACGCCGAAACGAUCCGACGUGAAUUUUAAGAAUCGUUUCGCAUCGACGUAUGAACGCGAAAAGAAAAGAAAAGAAAAGAAAAGAAAAGAAAAGGAGAGAGAACGUAUCAUCGAACGUAGUUACGUUUGAACGGAGCGUGAGAAGGUCACGAUGCGGCUCCGUGUCACUACCGUGAUUCGCGUAAUUUCGUUUAGUUUGUUGUAUUGGCUCGGACCUACGGGAACCGAAGUAGACGCAUCGUCGAACGGAGAUUCCUUUUGCCAAGCAUUCGCGGCUAUCGUUCUGGAACCAAGUAAAACUAGCAGAUUUAAGAACGGAAGUUUGAUGUACGAGGAGCUGGUGUACCCCGUCGGAUCUUAUCGAGAGGUCGGGAACGAGACUUACGGAUGUCCGUGUAAUUUACGCACAUGCCUGAAAAAGUGUUGUCGACGCAACGAGAUGUUAGGAGUCGGUGAUCGACCGAAUUGCACGCGACUACCGAACGAACAGCUCGGCCGCGAUCUCGUCCUCGAACGAUCCCAACUCGCCCCCGAGAUCGAACGAGUCUCCGUUAUCGUCAACUACACGGGCUGUCCCGGGAAUCUCUCGAGGUAUAUGCUCGAGCCGGAAAAGUUUGAGGAGGACAAGUUUGUAGUCGAGCGAAACGGGUCGCUUCAAACUUCGUCGAUGAUGUUUCCGACGGGGAGUUACUGUCUCGACUGGAAAGAGUCCGUCGACAAGAUCGCCGCCCUCGUUUGCUUGUCGACCGAAGUUUUACCCAAUUCCGUUCCUCCGAACGAGAAAACCUAUUACAAAUUCGGCCUUAUAGUGUCCAUUCCAUUUUUGCUCGCUACAUUUUUGGUGUACGCGAUUAUUCCGGAGCUCAGGAAUCUCUACGGAAAGACUCUGAUGUGUUACGUUGCUUCUCUUCUCGUCGCGUACACUUUCCUCGAAUUGGCCUCCUUGUUUUACAUCGCGUACGGACUCUGCUCCGCGAUAGCCGCAACUGGAUGUUUUUCGAGAACCCACCCACCCAGACGUUCGGUACGGUCCGAUAUGGAUUACGAUCACGAUCACAAUUGGUUAACGAUCCUUGUCAUCUGGCUGUUAUCGACGCGAUCGGUAUUCGCGACGAGCGUUGUGUUGUCUAGCACCGAAUGUUUGUGCAAUCAAGAAAACAUCACUAGAGUAGAGCCAGAGUGUUUGGUGAAGGAUGCCAACAACAGCAAACCGAGCAGAGACUUUGACGGGUUUGACGACUUUGGUAGCUCGGACGAGGCAAAGAAUAAGAGGACGAACGUGUCUCGGAUCCCGUUUCCUCUUUGCGAACCGCUCGCGUUUCGCGCGUGUUGCAACAAUCACGAGGAAACAAACGUCACCUUCCAUUUGCCGAGUAUUUACGAUUCCGUUAGCUUGGAGUUGCUCGUCGAGGAUCUAACGCGAGAACGGUUUCGUUUUUUCCUUUCGAAUCCUCGUAGAGACAAGUACUUACUCGAGCCGAACAACAACAUCGAAGAUCAUUUCAUGUAUCUUAACAACGGCUCGAUCUACCAGGAUAAUAUCGGAAUUAUUCGCGAGCAGACCGAUUUUUGUUUCCGUUUAGAGGAUAACGACACGUUCAGCGUGCUAGUUUCUUUCGACAUAAGCGAAGGCGACGGAAACGUGUUGGUCUCGUAUCCCGUGGGAAUGAUCGUUUCGAUACCGUUCCUGCUCGCUACUUUGAUCGUCUACACGCUGAUACCCGAACUGCACAACAUACACGGACGCACCCUGCGCGGAUACGUUGGUUCCCUCAUGGUCGCGUAUACAACGCUCGCUAUCUUACAGAUCUCACCGCAGGAACAUAUCUCGGACAAGUUCUGCGUGUUGCUCGCCUUGGUCAUCCACUUCUCGUUCCUGGCGAGCUUUUUCUGGCUGAACGUUAUGUGCUUCGAUAUUUGGUGGACGUUUAGAGGUUUCCGAUCGCUUCAAGGUAGCGCAAAGCAAAGGGAACGGAAAAAGUUUAUGAUAUAUUCGAUCUACGCUUGGGGUUGCGCAUCCAUUCUUACAGGAAUCAGCAUACUCAUGCAUUUUCUUCCCGAUAUCCCAAAGCAUUUCGUUCGACCGGAAUUCGGCGAAGAGAGUUGCUGGUUUGCAAAGGAAACGGCAAAAGCGAUAUACUUUUACGGACCUAUGGGCGUUACAAUCCUCUGCAACAUAUGUCUUUUCGUCUCGACGGCAUUGAAGAUUGUGCGACACAAAAAAGACACGGCGCGACAUUUCAAAGACGCGGACAGCAAGCGCCACGACGAUCACAAACAAUGGUUCAAUUUGUACUUGAAGCUGUUCAUCGUAAUGGGCAUCAAUUGGUCAAUGGAAAUAAUAUCUUGGCUGUGCAACAAUUCACCGGAAUACAUUUGGUAUCUUACCGAUAUAACGAAUACCUUGCAAGGUGUAAUCAUCUUCUUCAUCUUCGUUUGGAAGGAUAAAGUGAAGCAGCAUCUUCUGAAAAGACUCUGCUGCAGGGACGACAAUAUACUUUCCAGAAACUCGACUCGAAGCGCGUAUCAUAGUUCGACUACUCGUUCGACCUAUCCUUUUUCGAGCGAGUCUGCGCGAACCGUUAAAUGAACGUUCACGGUAACACCACGGUUUGUCCACUCGCAAUCGGCACAAGUAUCUAGUCGUCGAGAAUGGCUAUCGUUGGAGUGUUUCGAGUCGCGAGUAUUCUUUUAUUUCAAUUUUAAGGAAAAGCUUGGGCUAAAGUUUGCGCUAUACGUUCUCAAAUGACCUGUGACCGCGCCACUUGGAGUGUAACGCGAUGUUAAUUAGCCGUGAAGCUUCUAUAAUUCUACUCUUCUUCUUCUUCUUCUUCUUCUUCUUUUUCGUGUUUAUAACGUAAUAUAGAAAAUUUGAAUCAAUGCACCAAAAAGCUUACCAAACUUGUUUAUUGUACGCCAAGAAAAUAACAAAUGUAUGUUGCGUAAUGUAUUUUACGAGAUUAAAUGUGUGAAAAUUUGUACAUUUUCUUAAUGUGUACACGCGUAUGUGUAUAAAUUAUGUAUUUUUUAUUCUAAAUUGAUAUUAAAGUAUAGUACAAAUUUGAA